CAAUAACGAUUUCUUCUACAAGAAUAUGGUUACUUUACUACGAAACGCGGCUCUUUGUAGUCUGUGGCAAAAAAUAGCCCUCUCAACUAUAAACCGGCGUGCUUUAACGACAACUUCAAAACUAUUUAAAAAUAUUCAUGAUAUUCAUGAAGAAAAAGUUAGUUAUCCAGGUGCAACUGAGAGCCAUUUCACUAGUGAACUGAAGUUUAUUCAGAGUAUCGCACCUAUACCUACAUAUCGAGUUAUGGAUCGGCACGGGAGGAUUCUUGAUCCCACGCAGGAACCACAGGUAUCCAAAGAAUUUUCCGUAAAGAUAUACAAAGAUAUGGUUACAUUAAAUAUUCUAGAUUUUAUUCUUUAUGAAGCUCAACGACAAGGUCGUAUAAGUUUUUAUAUGACAAAUUAUGGUGAAGAGGCUUAUAUCGGCAGUGCUGCUGGUUUAGAUAGCCAAGAUGUCAUUUUUGGUCAAUAUAGGGAAUCUGGUGUGUUAUUAUAUCGCGGAUUCACACUUGAUAAUUUUAUGAAUCAGUGUUAUAGUAAUGAAAAGGAUAUAGGAAAAGGUAGGCAGAUGCCUGUACAUUAUGGCUCUAAAGAGUUGAACUUUCAAACAAUCUCUUCACCGAUUGCGACGCAACUCCCGCAGGCCUCAGGUGCUGCAUAUGCGCUUAAGAGAGCUGGAAAGAAAAAUUGUAUUAUGUGCUAUUUUGGUGAAGGUGCUGCAAGUGAAGGGGAUUUCCAUGCGGCUCUGAACAUAGCGGCGACAAUGAAAUGCCCAGUAAUAUUUUUUUGUCGGAACAAUGGUUUUGCUAUUUCUACACCUGCAUUAGAACAAUACAAAGGAGAUGGUAUAGCAAGUAGAGGAAUUGGAUAUGGAAUUGACACAAUACGCGUUGAUGGAAAUGAUGUCUGGGCCAUUUAUAAUGCUACCAAAGCUGCACGACAACUCACAGUUGAAGAACAUCGCCCAGUUUUGAUAGAAGCAAUGACAUAUAGAGUUAGUCAUCAUAGUACUUCUGAUGAUUCCUUUGCGUAUCGUUCCAAAAAGGAAGUUGAAUAUUGGAAGCAACUUGAUAAUCCAAUAGUUCGGUUUCGCAAGUGGCUAGAGGAUAAGGAUUGGUGGAAUGAACAUGAAGAAAAUUCGUUUAGAACUUCAAUUCGUAAAGAAAUUUUAAAUGCAUUUUCUAAAGCCGAAAAACUCUCAAAACCUUCUAUUACAGAUCUUUUCAAUGACGUUUAUGAUUGCCCUCCGCAGAAUAUCAUCGAUCAGAGGAAAAAGUUAAAAACCUUAAUAGAGAAAUAUCCUGAACACUAUCCUCUUAAAAAUUACAAAAACGAAGGUAAAGAUUUGUGA